GUCAGAAUUUCAUUCUUCGGACACGGUUCAUUCACAUCUGUAAAUAGUGUCAAACAAUUGUCAAUUUAUUUGAAUUUAUGAAUGUGCGGGUGAUUUUCAAUAAUUUUUACUAAGAAAUAUAGUCGAAUACAACACAAUAUUUCAUAAAUAUUCGAUUCCAAUCGUUGUGAAGUUGUGUGUUGUUACUGUGUCUUCCGAUCAGCUGAUUUGAUCGUACGUUUGAAAUAAAAUUGAUGUCGAUUGAAAUGUCAGCGGGUUAGCAAGUAAUUAUUUAAACACUUGAAGUUAUUUGAAGUUGAGACGGCGAAGUACGCACAGGGACCGUACUUAAUUAUAAGUUAGAAUGGAUCCCGGAUAUUUUGAUAUAGAAAGGAAGCAGAACCCGCGGGAAACUGCUAAUAUCUUCUCAAAGCUAUGUUACUGGUACACUCGGCCUAUAUUUGAAAAAGGCCGUAAAGGACAACUAAGUAUAUCAGACCUAUACAGAUGUACAUCAGGACAUCGAGCGGCUCCGCGGGGCGAUGUUAUGGCGGAGCAAUGGAAAUAUGAAAAACAAAAACAAGAUAAAAACAAAAAGCCGUCAUUGUUAAGGACUAUAGUGAAAAUAUACGGUACAAAGUUCAUCAUAGGAAAUUUAAUAUUUGCGUUUAUAGAUGCCAGUAUUAGGUUAUCAAUACCGAUGUGUUUGGAAGGACUUAUCAAUUACUUUUCACCGUCACACGCGGGCGUUACGGUCAACGAGGCAUAUCUGUACGCCCUAGGGGUUGUGGGGUUCAUGGCAAUCAGCGCCAGCAUGAUCCAUCCCAUGCUGCUGUGGCUGCUCACCAUGAGCAUGAAGAUCAGGGUCGCCUGCUGCUCCCUCAUAUACCGAAAGCUGUUACGAUUAGAUUUGACAGCCGGUGGCAAAGCCUCAGAAGGUCUGGCUGGCCAUGUAGUCAACUUGUUGACGACGGAUGCACAGCGUUUCGAUAUGGCCAGUCUCUUUAUGGUGGACCUGGUGCGCACGCCCAUAGAGAGCGUCCUCAUCAUCUACCUUAUGUACCGGCAGAUAGGCGUCGCCACGCUUAUCGGAGUCUCCUUCUUAUUGCUGUUUAUACCUUUACAAGGUUACCUAGGCAAGAUAUCCAGCAAGCUGCGGCGGCAGACGGCCGUGCGGACAGAUAACCGCAUCCGGCUGAUGAACGAGGUGAUACAGAGCAUCGAGUCCAUCAAGAUGUACGCCUGGGAGAACGCCUUCGUCAGGAUCAUAGGGCAGGCUAGGAAAAAAGAGAUGAAUGUAAUAAAGAAGAUGUCCUGGCUGCGUGCGGUGAUGAUAUCCUGCGUCAAGCUGAACACGAAAGUGGCCAUCUUCCUCAGCAUCAUCUCUUUCCUCUCCUUCCAAAACGAGCUCACCGCCUCCAAGGUGUUCGUCAUCUUCUCCUACUACGACAUCCUCAAGUAUACUCUGGUCGACUUCCUGCCGCUGGCUAUCACGUUCACCUUGGAGGCGUACGUCAGCGUGAAGAGGAUGCAGGAGUUCCUUCUGCUGCCAGAAGUUGACAAUCAGGAUAAUGUUAAUCUGAUAAAUAUAGAAGAGAGUAAAACUCCUGCUCAUAGUAACGGAGUCUUUGAGAAGAUUGGGAAUGGUGGGCAAACGUACAUAAAGUCAGAAUCAAACCUGGAGCGUCUGAAGGCCAAUGUGCUGGUGAGCUUCCAGGACUACACGGCCCACUGGAGGAAUGUGGAAGAUGAGGCGGUGGAUGGCAAAGUGCUCGCCCUCGCUGAUAUUAAUUUAAAUAUAAAGCCGGAGAGCCUGACGACAGUGGUGGGCGUGGUGGGCGCGGGCAAGUCCACACUGCUGCAGGCCAUACUGCGCGAGCUGGUGCCCAGCGCGGGCUCGCUGCACGUGCGCGCCAACGUUGCCUACGCCGCACAGGAACCCUGGCUCUUUGACGCAUCUGUGCGGCAGAACAUCCUGUUUGGUCAGGAGCUGGACCUGCGGCGGUACAAGCAGGUCAUCAAGUGCUGCCAGCUGAAGAGCGACCUCGACAUCUUGCCGCAUGGAGACAAGACAGUCGUCGGAGAGAGAGGGUCCACGCUGUCGGGCGGGCAGCGGGCGCGCGUGUCGCUGGCGCGCUGCGUCUACCAGCAGGCGGACCUCUACCUGCUGGACGACCCGCUGGCGGCCGUCGAUGCCAAGGUGGCGCAGGCGAUCUACGAGGAGUGCGUGCGCGGGUUCCUGCGCGAGCGCGCGGUGGUGCUGGUGACGCACCACGUGCAGUUCGCGCGCCACGCGGACAACGUGUGCGUCAUGCGCGACGGCACGAUAGUCGCACAAGGCACAUACCAAGAACUGAAGUCGGGAGUACCAGAGUUUGAGAAGCUCAAAGAGAUGGGAGAGCGAGUCGAAGAACAGAAGCAGAAGCAGAAGACUGGUUACGAGAAGCAUGAUAGCAUUGACAACAUCCACAAGUUGCGGUCGCAAAGGUCGAUGUCGGAGGCGUCGCAGCUCUCCUUCAAUAUGGACCUCGACAACCACAUGGACCCCAAGUAUGAAGGUGAGAGCCAGAACAAGGGUUCGGUGUCGAGCAGCGUGUACCUGGCGUACAUCAAGAGCGGCGGCAGCGUCGCCUCCAUGCUGCUGCUGUUCGCGCUGUUCCUGCUGGCACAGGUCUUCUACUCCUCAUGCGACGUCUGGCUGAAAGAAUGGGUUAAUUUGGAAGAAAAGAACAGUGCGUACAAUUCUGUGAGAAUGAAUAACACGAACGCCUCCUCGGCCGCCGCGCCUCCAGAGUUCCAGGACAUACCGGGUAAUUACUUCCACCUGACGCGCAACGAGUGCGUGUACAUCUACGCCAGCCUCAUCGCCAUCUGCAUCUUCUUCACCGGCAACAAGCUGAUAGUCUUCUACAACACCUGCAUCAAGGCCUCCAUCACGCUGCACGAUAACAUGUUCAGAGGAGUAACCAAUGCCCCUAUGUGGUUCUUCCACCACAACCCCUCGGGCCGCAUCCUCAACCGCUUCUCCAAGGACAUGGGGCAGGUGGACACCCUGCUGCCGGUCGCGCUGGUCGACUGCCUCGGGUUCUUCUUGGAAGUGGUCUCCAUCCUGGUGGUGGUGUGCCUGGUGAACUGGUGGCUGCUUCUGCCGACCGCGGUGGUGGCUUUCCUUCUACAUCUGCUGAGGAACCUUUUCCUCAACACCAGUCGGGAGCUUAAGAGAAUCGAGGCUAUCGCCCGCAGCCAGAGCCUGAACCAGGCGGCGGCGACGGUGUCGGGGCUGACGACGAUCAGGUCGUGCGGCGCGCGGCAGAGGACGCUGGCGCGCGAGUUCGACAAGCUGCAGGACCUGCACAGCUGCGCCUGGACCCUCGUGCUCAACACCAACCGCGCCUUCGGCUUCUGGAUGGACAUGGUCUGCUGCCUCUACCUCGCCUUCGUCACUUUCAGUUUCUUCUUGUUCGUCGGCAACGACACGAUGGGCGGCAACGUGGGGCUGGCCAUCACGCAGGUGAUAGGUCUGGUGGGCAUGUGUCAGUACGGCAUGCGCCAGACCGCGGAGGUGGAGAACCAGAUGACGUCGGUGGAAAGAAUAUUGGAAUACACAAACCUGCCGGCGGAACAUCCUGUGGAUAUCGACGAAAAGUUAUUGAAGGCCGAAAAUCCUAAUUUAGAUUUUGACAAGUGGCCGAGUAAAGGUGAGAUAGUGUUCGAGGACGUGUCCGUGGAGUACGAGAAGCCGCCGAGACAG